AUGAAAUUUAUUCUUAUUACUUUAGCAUAUUAUUCAAUUCAAUUAACUUCAUCAGCAACAGUUUUUGAUAGUAGUUGUGGAUCAGAUGUAAGUGAAUCAUGCUCAUCAUCAUCAGCAGCAUCAUGUUGUUUUGAAGCACCAGGUGGAGUUUUAUUACAAACUCAAUUUUGGGAUUAUAAUCCAGCUACUGGACCAUCUGAUUUAUUUACAUUACAUGGUUUAUGGCCAGAUAAUUGUGAUGGUACAUAUGAACAAUUUUGUGAUACAUCUAUUGAAAUUCCUGAUGAUGGAAGUACUAUACAAAGUAUAUUAGUUGAUUCAUUCAAUGAUGAAACUUUAUAUAAUAAUUUAAAUAAUGUUUGGAAAGAUAUUAAUGGUAAAGAUCAUUCAUUAUGGGCUCAUGAAUGGAAUAAACAUGGUACAUGUAUAAAUACAAUUUUACCAAAAUGUUAUCAAAAUUAUCAAACAAAUGAAAAUGUUUAUAAUUAUUAUAAAAUUUUAUAUGAUUUAUUUGAAACUUUACCAACUUAUAAAUGGUUAACUGAAGCUGGAAUAACACCAAGUAAUUCAAAAACUUAUAGUAAAUCUCAAAUUCAACAAGUUUUAAAUUCAAAUUUUGGUCAAGAUGUUUAUUUUAAAUGUGAUUCAAAUAAUGCUUUAAGUGAAAUUUGGUACUUUCAUCAUAUAAAAGGUUCUUUAUUACAACAAAAUUUUAUUCCAAUUGCUCCUUUAUCUAAUUCAAAUUGUCCUUCAACUGGUAUUUUGUUCCCACCAAAGGGAGGGAGUGGAGGAGGUACUGAUCCUCAACCAACUACAACUCAAACUUCAGGUCCUGCUCCAACAGGUGUACCAGCAACUGGUUAUAUUACAUUAAGUGGUAAAUCUGGAUGUUUAAUAUCAAAUGGUAAAUAUUAUACUUCAGGAACUUGUGCAACUUAUCAUUUUAGUUCAUCAUCAUAUGGAGGUAUAUCAAUUUCAUCAUCAAAAGGUGGUUGUGGAAUAGAUUCUUCACAAAAUUUUAUAUGUUCAUCAACUGUUGAUGCAUCAAAAAAUCAAUUUCAAAUUAAAAAUGGAGAAAUUGGAUUUGGUGGUAAUUAUGAUUGGUGUUUAGGUUCAAGUUCAGGAUCUGGUUCAACUGCUCAAACAAAUAUUUAUUUAAGUGAUGGCUCUUGUUCAUCUUUUAAAAUUAAUGUUUCAAGUAAAUAA